GCUCAUUUUUUAAUAAUACUAUUCCUACUGAAGGUAUCCGAGCUUGCGCUACUAUAAUCUUCGGCAUAGCGGCAUAGGUGAUCUUAUACUAUUUUUUUAAACAGAAAGAAAUAAAUCAAAAAUAUCCUACUGCAUAAUUAAUAAGCUUCAUUUUGCAAAUAUUUACAAAAGUAGCGGUGUAUUUUGCCAUUAGGCAUAGCGGAAAGUUUUCAAAUAGAGUGAAGGAUGUUGCUUGGGAACCAAACAUUCCAUCGGUCACAAAGCUUCUUUGUUACUGAGCAUAGUUCAACAGCAAAAGCAUGGAAUUUGAUGGAUGCCCUUUCAAUAACAAUGCCUUCUCAUCUCCAUAUGCUAAUGAAUUAAUCAGCGUCUCCUUCCCUCACCUCUUUUGGUACGUACUACUGCAGAUCCGGGCUUCAUUUCGCGCGCGUCGGUUAAAAUGCGAGGAGGUAUAGAUGAAUAAGCCAAAGUUGGGAAGGGACAUAUUGAUUAAAAGGAGCAGAAAAACGUCAAAUCCGAAGGAAGGUCCGGCAGAAGAAGCUAAACACAGAAAGGUGAGAGUGUGGUUGUGUUGCAAGAAAGGCAUGCGAAGUAGAGAAAUAGUUGUGCAGCAUGACCCUGAGGAUAAAGAAAAAGUCGAAUCAUUCCGUCAUUUCAUAUCCCGUGAUAAUUCUCUGCUGCUGGUAGCAGGGAAGGAACCCGGAGAUCAUACCCUCUUAAGGUUUCUUAGAAUGAGGAACUAUGAUAUGGUAAAAGCAAAAGAAAUGUUUCUGAAUUACCUCCACUGGUGGGAUGAGUUUGGUGUUGACCAAGUUUGCAAAGAAUUUAAGUUUGAUGAAUAUGAGGAGGUGAAAAGAUAUUACCCUCACGGCUUUCAUGGAGUAGAUAAAUAUGGUCGUCCAAUAUACAUUGAAAGGAUUGGAAUGAUAGAUAUCCAUCAGCUCCUUAAAGUGACAACAAUUGAGAGAUUUCUGAAGUAUCACGUAAGCGAACAAGAAAAGACUCUUAAUUUGAGAUACCCCGCUUGUUCCCUUGCUGCCAACAAGUUUAUAGCUUCCACUACAAGCAUCUUAGAUGUGAAGGAUGUGGGUAUGUCUCACUUUUCUAAACAGGCAAAAGAGAUGUUUAAGAAAAUCCAAAAGAUAGACAGCAGUUAUUAUCCUGAGGACCUGGGUUUAAGCUCCUUUGGGCGGCAAUAAAGCGUUUUAUUGAAAACCGCACUUUGGUGAAGAUCAAAGUGUUGGGAAAAGACUACCUUAGUGACCUAGUUGAAGAUAUUGAUCCAAGCAACCUUCCGAAAUUCUUGGGUGGUAACUGCACAUGCGGCGGCUGCUGCUACGAUGAUUGCUGCCUCUUAAGUGACAAAGGACCCUGGAAUGAUCCUGAAAUCAUAGACGCCCUCAAGGUUAAGAUCAAGGCAGCAGAGGCGGCAGAGAGUAUAGAUGAGAUGAAGAUGCCCGUCCAAACACAAGCCGCUGAUCCGCACUUUGUCCUCCACAAAAUAGAAGCUCUCAUUAAUGAUGCAAAUGCCAAAAUGCAAACAAUGGAAUCUGCACUCCAGGAUGCCAAAUUGGUGAGUCAUUCAUAUAUAUAUAUAUAUAUGUAUACGAUGUACUAAGAAGCGCUAGUCGGGCGCCAACCCAACGCCACCAGCGCCUAGGCGGCUAGUCGGGCGUCUAGUCGGGGACUAGUCAGAGACAUAGAAAAUGCAUUUUUGUCUAUAUUUUUGCAUAAAUAUGUUAAGUAAUGUUGUAUUUUUUGUAUGUAUAAAAUACAUAUAUACUCAUACAUAUAAAAUACAUAUAUACUCAUAAAAUACAUAUUUUUUGUAUUAAUCAUACGUAGUACUCCCUCCGUCUCGC